AUGACCAACAUAGCGGAUUCGGUAUUUGAAACAGAGACCGCCGAGAUAUCUCCAGUUAAAACAUGCGAAAUUAUCGCUAACAAUAACCCGGCAGUUACUGAAUCGACCCCGUUGAAACAUCUCAGUUGGUCGUACAAUACUUUUACCAACGAUAUGAAAGGGGUUAAAGCGGACAUAACAGUUAUGCAAAAACAAAUAACAUCUAUAAACAAUGUUAUUAACUCUACCAACGCGAUUAUAGAAUCUAUUAGUAAGGUUUUGGACUCUACCGAAAACCGCCAAAUAUCGUACGACACCAGAAUGGAGACCUUGCUUAAGGAGUUUUCCAUAAUUUUAGACGAGAAAAACAGAGCGAUAAACGAGCGAGAUAUCACUAUCAAACAGCUUCAAGCGAAUUUGUCAGAAAUUGAAAAUGAAAGAAACUCAUUAAAUCUUAAGAAUUCACCAACAAAGCAUGUUGACAAUAAAAGUAAGACUGCAUCGCCGCCAAUGCAGCCCUUGAUGUGUCAAAUGAAUAAUAUUGAGGAUUUAAUCAACUUGUCUAAAUUAACGAUCUAUGUGAUAUUGAAACCGAUGUCUUGGGCGAUGCAUCCAAAUCUGAUGAUAUGCUUCUAAGUCCAAACAAUUCUACUAUAAAGGAACUUGAAGCCUUUAUUGACAAGUCUUUCUAUAGCGCCUCUGUCGAGCUAUCUAAUCCUGUCCAGCCGACGGACUUCUCUAAUCUAGCGCAAAGACGCUCUGAAGAAAACCUGCCUAAACCCGAAGCUCAAUUUCUAACAUUUAAAGAUAACGUUGAAACUCGGCUGCAAGUGUUGUCGUACAAACUCUUUGAACAGAAUAACACCAUAAAUAUAAAUAAACAAGAGCUAUGCAAAUUGACCUGCAAAAAUUUACAUCUUAAAUCACGUAUCUCGGAGUUGGAGGGGAGAUUGUCGCUAAAGGAUACAACAAAUUGGAGUAGUGACCUGAGCCCAUGUGAAAAAAUAGUUAAAGGAAAUAAUAUCUUAACUGCAAAUAUAGAUGCUUGUGCUAUUUCUAGUCGCCUUUCGCCUGGAACAACUGCAUAUGUCGAUGACAGCGAUGAAUAUGCUAUCUCAACUGCGAAUGCCGAUGCUUGUGCUGUUCCUAGUGACAGUCCACCCGAAAAAAGUGCGCAUGCUGAUGACACUUCGGCCCCUAUAAGGGUAAUGCUGGGUAAUGUAAAAUCUGACUUGCAAAUUAUUUAUCCAAGCGAUAAUAAUGUCAAUGAUCCUUUGUCGUCUGCUCCCAAUUUGGUUAACUGUGAUCUACACGUAAGUUUAGACAAAGCAGAUGAUAGUGUAAUAAAUGAGGCUAGUCCAGUGGAUCGAGCAAAAUCGUUAGGUAAUUUAUGCAACAAUUAUUAUAUGCGAUCUGAUACGUAUAUUGAAGAAAUAGCAAGGCCCAGUAAUACAAGAACUGUGGACACAAGUAAAGUAGAGCAAGUCAUGAAACCCCGGCAAUCCAAUGCAUGGUUAAAUUUUUUGCCCUUUAUUGAAGUUCCUUACAAACCACUUUCAAGAAAGAAAAGUGACCCGGUAAGAUCACUUUCAAGAAAACAAGGUGAUUGUGUGGCGUCUCAUUUAACAUCUUGUUCUAAGUAUUCUAUUAAAGAAUCACAAUAUCAUUUUCGGCGGCGCCAAACGAACCAGAGGCCCCCGCUGCGCUCAUUGGAAUGGCUAGACCACUUAAAGCUGGUCCGACAGAUAUUGUCAAUGUAG